CGCUCCGCUCGGUUCCUCGUCGCCGCAGCCCCCGCCGUUACUCCCGCCGCCGCCGCCGCCCCGGAGAAGAUGGCCGUGCCUCCCACAUAUGCUGAUCUUGGCAAAUCUGCCAGGGAUGUCUUCACCAAGGGCUACGGAUUUGGCCUGAUAAAACUCGAUUUGAAAACAAAGUCCGAGAAUGGCUUGGAAUUCACCAGCUCAGGCUCAGCCAACACAGAGACCACCAAAGUAAAUGGCAGCCUGGAAACCAAGUACCGGUGGACCGAGUACGGCCUGACGUUCACGGAGAAGUGGAACACGGACAACACGCUGGGCACCGAGAUCACUGUGGAGGAUCAGCUUGCUCAUGGACUGAAGCUGACCUUUGAUUCGUCUUUCUCACCUAACACUGGGAAAAAAAAUGCUAAAAUCAAGACAGGGUACAAGAGGGAGCACAUCAACCUGGGCUGCGACGUGGACUUUGACAUCGCCGGGCCCUCGGUCCGCGGCGCGCUGGUGCUGGGCUAUGAGGGCUGGCUGGCCGGCUACCAGAUGAACUUCGAGACCGCCAAGUCCCGAGUGACCCAGAGCAACUUCGCAGUCGGCUACAAGACGGACGAGUUCCAGCUGCACACCAACGUGAACGACGGGACAGAGUUUGGUGGCUCCAUCUACCAGAAGGUGAACAAGAAGUUGGAGACGGCUGUCAAUCUCGCGUGGACAGCAGGAAACAGUAACACUCGCUUUGGAAUAGCGGCCAAGUAUCAGAUCGACCCCGAUGCCUGCUUCUCGGCCAAAGUGAACAACUCCAGCCUGGUUGGUUUAGGGUAUACUCAGGUCCUAAAGCCAGGUAUCAAACUGACGCUGUCAGCCCUGUUGGAUGGCAAAAAUGUCAACGCUGGUGGCCACAAGCUUGGUCUAGGACUGGAAUUUCAAGCGUAAACAAAUACUGUACAAUCAUUAAUUUUCAACUAUUUUGCAGCAUAGCUACCUUCAGAAUUUAGUGUACCUUUUAAUGUUGUAUGUCUGGGAUGCAAGAAUUGCUAAUAUCAUGUUAGACCUCUGGGUUAAGGAUGACUCAGCUUUAAGGGGUUACCUUUUCAGAGGUACAGGAGAAGCCCGGCUCUGAAAGAGGCCCUUUCAGCUGUAGGCAUGGGGGAACCUGGCGGCACCUCUGGAGAUGCCAGGUUUCUCUUUUAAUCUAGGAGUGGCUGCAAGUGGAAGCUGACACUGUGUAGACACCUUGUAAACCUAUAUUGAGUUAAUGAAUGACAUUGUGACUUCCUGAGCAUGGAACCUUGGUUUCCUGACCCCGAUGGAAGAGAAGCUCUUUGCGUGAUGUUGUGUACAGACUCCUGAAAAGGACUUUUUAAGACAGCCCUUCACUCCUGUUCCCACCCUAGCCCAUCAGCACCUGUUUCACACCAAAAGUAGUCUGCAGGGCAUGGUAGCUGUAUCCUUUGUGCCAUUAUGGGGUGGAGAGGGUGGGUGUGAUGAAGCCAAUGAUUCAGGACUUAGUUCCUCUUUGUGUUGUGAGGUUUCUUUCCCUUUUUUUUUCACCCCCUUUUUCUUUCUUUUGGCCAUUGCACCAGAGUAUGAAAUAGCUUCCAGGAUCUCCAGCUAUGAGCUGGUGGAGUCUGCCUGAUUUUAAUCACAUGUCAACAACACUAGGAAUCUCAAUUGGACUUCUGUUGUAUUCUCACCAAUCAGUUUAAUUUUUAGCAGUUCAAUGGGUACAUUUUAGAGUCUUCCAUUUUGUGUGGAAUUAGAUCCUCCCCCUCAAAUGCUGUACUUAACAUCACUUAAGAUAAAACUUGAAUAAAAUAUUGAAACCUCA